UAGAGUCUUAUGUAAGGUGAUUAGACAACUGACCAGGUGUAACCCUCAAGUUUUAGGGCAGGAGGACAAGUUCUUAAUAAAAUCUGUCAGUGACAUUUUUAGUGGAGUUUUUGGAUGAUUAAUGGGACUGAAGAGUGACAUAUCUACACAUAUUGUUUUUAUAUUGCUUUAACAAUUUUGAUAGCUGUGAUUUAUAUGGGUAUUAUAUAUUUAUAUGGUGUGUGAUCUGAUCACUGUGUUCUCAUUUUGUCCACUUGGUAAUAGUCAUAUAAUUCAGACAGGAAAAGGUCAUCUGACCUUAUGCUUGAUGAUGCACCUUGGAACUGUGUAUAAUUAACAUAUACCAAAGUGUAAUUAUACAACAUGGUGAUAAAUUAACAUACAAUUAUAAUCUUGGACAUAUACAACUUGGGAUUUUGUUGUGAUAGAUACAGGAACUUUUCUUUUGGGUUUUCAGAAAAAUAACAUUUAUUGAGUGGUUAAUUUGUAGAAGAAAAAAAUCAAGACUAUAGUGGUUUGUCAAAUUGUGUAAUAGGAUUACCUUAAUAUACUUCAAGGUUCUCUGCAGUGAAGAAGUGUGUAAUCUGACUCCAAGCAAAAUAAGUAUAAUUCUCAAUCUGUAUAUCUAUUCAGAUAAACACACAGAGGGCAAAUUAUUGGCAGAAUAUUUGUGAAUUUAUUAUAAGUGAGCUCUUGGUUUUGAAGGGAUCCGGUGUUGUUAAUUAAGAAGUCAGUGGUUUUUUAGGAAACUGUGUACAAUUAGUUAAAACUAAAGAGAGUAAGUUUUGGAUCGUAGACAGUUUAUAAACAACAAAAUCAUUCUGAAGUUAAUUAGAAGUAAAUUAUUACUCCAGACAUAAGGAACAGUGUUGAGAGGCAGAAUAGAAGUUUCACACCUCUAGUUCAAGUACCUUGUGAAAAAUUGAAUAUUUUAUGAGGAUAAUAAGCCUGAGAUGGCUAAGACAUGAAUGUCUACAUGAACUUACAUGAGAAAGACAAAUUUUCUCAUGUUUAUAGGCUAAUAAAUUACAUCUGUCAGAUCGAGGGAAUUUUACCAGGAGUCAAAAAUCUAGGUUGCGUUUAAUAGUGCAGUAUUGUAAAUAACAUUAUAUUUUCAUUCAUAGCAAGUUAAGUGGAACAUUAACAGUGACAAUCGUUUAUAAAACUUUCAUUAAGGAUAUACUUGUACAUUAAACAAAACCACAACAAUUUGACAAAGGUGUGCCAUAUUUAAAGGAAGUUGGCUAAAGUGCCAUAUGUUUGUUUUUUGAGGACGAGAUUGACUUUAGUUCUAAAUGAAGUGUUCUGAUGUGAAUUACUUUGCUCCAAAAGUCAUGUGCAGCAUUUGUAUUGAAGAAACAUAUGCAGGGUACGGAGGUCCUGCUACAGUAAGAAUGGUAUCUAAUAACGGGCCUCCAUUACCCAUGCCCAUGCAGGUGCCACCAGGUCACAUGGUUCAACAGAUCGUUGACGAACAUGGGAUCCUAACCCAUGUCAUCUUAUCACCAAAUCCACCAGGCAUGCCCAAUCAACCAAUGACGGUAGGAUAUUAUGGAGGACCAAACAACACAGCACCUCAGUAUUAUCCGUACGGACCACACUACCCAACACCUCCAUACCCUCCUCAUCAUCAUCCCACCCAACAUCCAUCACACAUACAUCCUAGUGGCCCUACCCAUGGGACACCACCACCACCACCACAGAACAGUUGUAACAGUCAUCCCAGUGGACCAGUUCACCCUCAAGGACCAACAAGGCCAAAUUCAAUGGAGGGCCGAGCAAGUAGACAGAGGGAGAAGAUACAGAGGAAAUACCUACAGAGGUUGGAAGAGGGACAUUAUCAAAAUCAAAACAGACCUCCACCUCGUAGUCGAGUCAAUAAACAAAAAGGUAUGAAUGGAGAUAUACACAGUAACAGUACUCCAUGUCCUGCUGCUCCAGAUACAGGACAGAUCCAGGAACUGGAGGAAGAAAGAAAAAUACUACAACAACAAUUAUCUAACAUGCCAGAACCUGCCGUAAGUGAAGUUGAAUCAAGAAGUGCCUUGAUACAAUUGGCACCUCCAGAAUAUGACCAAAGUGAAUUCGAGAUUGACCCUGGAGAAUUUCGUUAUGAAUUAUUACUAUCAGAUAAAGGCAAAGAGGGAAAAUAUAAACUAGUGUAUAGUGGUGAUGCCACAGAAAUAACAUUGAAAGAUUUAAAACCUGCUACAGAUUACUUCCUAAGAGUGUGUACUUCACUGGAAGAUUUAAAGGGUAAACCUACGAAAGCUGUCCAGUUUACAACGGGUACAUGUGAACCUGAUGCUCCUGUACCUCCUAAACUAUCAUCUAAAACUAAAACUUCAAUCACACUCAAAUGGAAUGCAACCUGUGAGAAUGGGUCAAAGGUCACUACUUACAUGCUAGAUUAUGAUAAGGGUCUAGGAGAUGGUUUUGUGGAGGUAUAUAAUGGUUUACAGAGACAACACAGAGUGUCAAAGUUACAAGCUUCUACUAAAUAUAUGUUUAGAUUAGCUGCAAUAAAUAAUGUUGGCAAAAGUCAAUACAGUGAGCCAGUGGCAUUUUACACCAGCGGUAGUGUUCCUAACCUACCAGAUCCACCCAUGUUGUCGGAAGCUUUUGUUAAUUCUCUUCUCAUAUCAUGGAUCAAAAGGUCAAAUGAAGAUUCAUUCCUUUUACAGAUGGAAGAUGAACUAACAGGUCAUGGUUUUAUUCCAGUAUAUAAUGGUACAAACUUAUCAUACAAAAUAAAAAAUCUACGUCGAAAUACAGACUAUAAAUAUCGGCUAGCAGCAAUAAAUGACGAGGGCCAAAGUAAAUGGAGUGAUGCUGUGUCAUAUAAAACAUUGCCAGAUAGACCUGCGGCUCCCCCUAAACCCCAGAUUAAAGGCAAAAUACAUGCUCACAGUUUUAAAGUUGUGUGGGAACCUCCUAAAGAUAAUGGUGGCUCAGAAAUUACAAAAUAUAUUGUUGAAUUGGACGAUGGAAAAGGUUAUGAAAUGUUGUACGAAGGUAGUGAAAGAGAACAUAUCUGUGAUCAUCUUAUUCCAGGACAUACAUACCAUGUACGAGUAGCAUGUUGUAGUAUUGGUGGACGAAGUGAGUUUUCAGAUCAAUGUAUAGCAACAACACAGGCGGUUCCGCCAGGACAGUGUCAAGCUCCUAAGUUACAAGGCAAACCUAAAGCUACGUCUCUUCAUCUACGAUGGAGUUGCCCAGAAUACGAAGGUGGGGCCUCCAUAACAGAAUUUGCUGCCCAGUUGAUCUCACCUGAUAACACUAGUCGUGAGGUGUAUAAAGGUCGUGACCUUGACUGUAUAGUUGCUGGUCUGUCUCCAGGUCGACCAUACCUCUUCCAAGUUCGAGCCAUUAAUCGGGUUGGGGGAGGACCAUGGUCUGAACCUUUAGAGGUUGUAAGUGGUGCAGGGGUCCCAGACCCACCUAAAGCCCCUAUGGUUAUAUGUCGGUCUCCACACAGUGCAAUGGUUAAUUGGGAAGCCCCUGUCAAUAAUGGUGCUACAGUAACAGAAUAUAGAGUGGAAUGGCAACACAAGUCAGAUCUAGAUUUCAUGCAGUUAUAUCUUGGUCCAAAUCUGGGUCAUGAGGUCAAAGGUCUGACUGCUGCUUCACUUUAUAGUUUUAGAGUUCAGGCAAUCAACAGUGCUGGGGCCGGUCCCUUUAGUCCUGUAGCCACAACAGUCACGCCCCCCUCUAGUCCUUCCCCUGUAAUACACAUUCGUACUAGUGCUACUGCCACCACCAUAUAUCUCACCUGGAAAGAUCCUAACUGUAAUGGAAGUGACAUUAUAGGAUAUAACCUUGACAUUGGGGAGAAACAACUGAUAUCUAUUGGUGCCAUUACAGAAUAUACUAUUGAGGAGCUGGCUCCUGAAACGUCAUAUAAAAUACGAGUACAAGCUGUAAAUGGAAUUGGUGUAGGUGCUUUCAGUUCUCCUGUCAAGGUCACUACUCGACCUCUUCCUCCAAAUCCUUCAAGAUUAGAAUGUGUAUCGUACGCACCUAACAGUCUCAAGUUAAAAUGGGGGGAUGGUCGUAACCUGGAUCUACUCACUUACACCUUAGAGAUGGAAAAAGAAGAUGGAAACUUCCAAAUGGUAUACCAAGGCACAUCUAAUUCCUACAAAAUAAACAAAUUACAAGAGAUGACAAGUUAUGACUUGCGUUUAUUUGCCAGUAAUGCUGCUGGUAGUGGACCAUACUCAGAAGUGUAUACAUUUACCACAUUAAAGGCACCUCCACCGGCUCCCAAAGCUCCUACAGUAGAGGAUGUUCAGUUACACAGCUGUUUUGUACAAUGGCAAGGAUGUAAACCCAUGGGUUCUGAUACCAUAUCAUACAUAUUACAGUUAUAUUGUAGAGAUCAAGACUUUAAACAGGUAUAUUGUGGACCUGAAUCACAGUUCUUUUUGACUAAUUUAAACCCUAAGACUGACUACAUGCUGAGAGUUUGUGCAAUAAGACAUUGUUCCGAUGGUUCAGGGGACGUCAUAGGUGCAUUCAGUCCUAGUCACACAUUUAUGACACGAGGUCACGAACCUAUAUCUUCCUCGGAUACACGUGUGUCAGAAACAAAAUUUGUGGAACCAAAGCAAUUGACAGAUCAACAGUGUGCUGUGAUUAUUUUGUGUGCAUUUGUGUUUUUAGCCAUUCUUGUAGCUAUUUUGCUGCAACAGAUUAUUUCAUGGUCAAGUGGGCAUUCAAAUAGAGAUGACGAUAUAUUGUGAAAGGAGUCUAUUUGCUUCAUUGUCUCCAAACUAAGGAGGAAAUUGCAUCAGCAUUUGGGUGAGGAGUUGGUGCCGCAGUGGCAUCAAAGUAUACUUGUGUUCAUUGCAUUACUACAUGGUUGGAGUGGAAUACAGUCAUUCAUUUUACAAUUUUUAACCUCACCGGUGGAAGGAAAUAUUUGUUGUAUUCCACAGGGGGUAUUUUUUCUGCCUUUACACUUGUUAAAUUGCUAUUGUCAAGUCAAAUCCAUUUUGUUAAAACUUUUUGUUGGUGGAUUCAUUCUACUGGGUAUUUAUUAUAUUUCAUGUUACACGAUUGGCUGAUUUUAAAAAAAAUUGUUGUUUACCUGUUAAAUGUGAUUCGAUUGGCUGACUGACAGUUGUUAUGAGCUCAUUGUUGUAGCUUUCUGUGAAUAGAUUAUAAAUAUUGACCAAUCAUAAUCAUUGUAACAAAUUUUAAUGUUUUUUGACAUUUUAAACUGCUUCCAUGACAUGGUUUCCCCAGACCAGAUUGUUAGAAUAACUGCUUCUGUAGUAAAUGGUAGAAAAAAGUAGUCAAUGUGAAAUUUUUGCCAAAAAAAAUAAAUCAAUAAUAUAUUUUAUUUGUGGUAUUUAUUGAACAGAUUAUUUGUCUGAAGUUUUAUAUUAGUUGCAUGCAUCUCUCACUGUAUUGUACAUAGGGUCCCGAUGGAGAUUCAAACAUGAAUACAUUUAUUAUUUAAGGUAAUGGAAAUAUAUAUCAUAUUUAAGUUUUAUUUACAGUACUGAAGAAAUUUCUUAUCUUAACUUUUACCUAAAUAAAUGUAUAAUGAUUAAUCUAUAAUUCUAAUAUUCAAUUUGAAAAACAUAGAUUCAUUUGAUAUAGAUAAACAUUUUCACAAGUAAACAUAAACAAGAAAAAUGUAAACGUAUGCAGAAACAUAAAGAUAAUCUAUUUAGAAUUAGUAUGCCAUAUCUUCUCAGCUUAUUGUAUACAGUAGAUAGUGCAAUGAGCACAAUCAACAAUACACACAAUCCCACCAGAGAACUAUUUAUAUAAUGGUAAUAUUACCAGUGAGAGAUGCAUCAAUACUUGUGUGGGAGAACUACUGAAUUCAUGUGAUACAUUAUAUAAGCUUGUUAUAUCUUUUUAUCUACAAUCAUAUAUACAAGUCUAUUACACUAACUAUUUCUUACUGGAAAUGUUAACUAAUUGAUAAAUUGUUAAAGGCAUGAACUGAGAAGUUUAAUGAAUUAAAUCAUAUUCAACCAUAGCAAUACUGUAUUCAUGUAUUUCAUGAACAAAGUACUCUUAUAUAUGUUCAAUUCUGUACAGCAUCAGUCGAAUAGCAAACUUUCCUUAUUUCAGCGGAAAUGGUGAAGUAAUAUUUUACAGAUCUACCUGAUAAUAUUCAUAUGUUUAAAUCAAAGUUAAAAUUCGUUUAUAAAUUCAACAACUGUGAUAAUUAAAGGAUAAUAUAUUGUAUAUAUGAUUGCAAAUAAAAAGUAUAAAAUAAGCAUAAAUCAUUCUUAUUUGUAUGUUUUGCUGUAACUGUUUCAAUAUUUCUUGGGUAAGAAAUGUUUAUUUGAAGUUCACAAUCUGCUUGGUUACCUCCCUUUAUAUAAGAUAUACUUUUCAAGCAUUACAACUCUGUUAAAACAACACUGUUUUGACAAUUACUUUUGAUACCAAUAGUCCUAAGAUGACAUCUUUUUGUCGUAAUGUGCAGCCCUUAGCAUAGCACUGUAUGUAAUUUAUUCUACUUUGGUUUUGAUUGAAAGAAAUUUGUCUGCGUAUAAAAAUGGGUUUUCCUGGAAACUAUGAAAAACAUUUGAAUUUUAAAUUAAUAUUGUUGUAAAACUUCUGACAUGUGAGAAAUGUUUAUACAGUUACAGCAAUACAUAAUAAAUUACCAUGUGAUUAUUCAUAAAUACAGAGGCAUUUUUAGGGGUAAAUGUCAUUUUAAGAUUUUGACCGUCAAGUCCAGUCUCAUUAAAUCAUUUUUUUCUUCGUUCUUUUAAGAGUUGGUUAAGAGGGAUCAGCUAAAUUCAUUAUCACAAUUCAUGCAUUGUAAUGUUAUUGAUAAAAAAAGAACAAUCAUCUGGAACAAAUUAACAUGGAUAGAGGAUAUAUUUACUUAUUUUUAACAGUGUAACAAACAUUCAGAAUGUUAGCAGCAAAAGUUAAAUGACAGUGUAUAAGUAUGUACCGGAUUAAAGAUCAUAAUAUAUAAAAGCUAUUUGUGGUAUAAGAACCAUUAUUAAUCAUUCUUGAUAGGAAAAAAGUACAUUUAUACUCUUGUUAAUUAAUAUGGUUUAAGAGAGGUAAUUAUCACCUCUUUUUACUGUGUGUUUGUUUAUGGUUUUAUCAACUUUUGUCUGGUUUUAGGCAUAAUAUAUACAUGGUAUAUGUAUAAUUUUACAACAGUUUAAAUUUUGUACAAUUGAAUACAAACAAUACUUCUAUUGUAAAGUUUGAAAAUAAAACUUGCUAUCUCAUUCGUAAUAUGUGAAUAAUGUACACUGGGCUGUUAGAUUGUUUGUCACACUGUUAGUAUCUUUGACAGAGGUCCGCUUUAUAAUAAUUCAUAAUGCAUAAUUGAUCAUAUUCAUCUUAUUUAUUUAUAGGUUGUAUUUUUGGGAUUGAAAUCUUAAAAUGACAUGGAGCUAUACUACACUAGUCAAACAUAAAUGCUAAUAGUAUUUGUAUUAUAUUUUCAAAUUAUAUGUAAACUUUGUGAUUAUAUAAUGCAAAACAAUCAGGAGAUUUAUUUUCUGCAUGUAAAUGUUUAAUGCAUCAUUAUCAAACAGACAUUUUCAAAAUUUCUGGAGACAAAAAUGUAUCUCGCUUUUUCAAUCUCUCUCUUUUUCACUCUCUCUCUCUAAAUAAAUAAAUAAACAACAUGAAGGAUAUCAAUAAUAAUUGCAAUAUAUAUAAUAUACAUUGCAAUUUGUUAUAGAGCUAGUCAAAAUUUGAUAAUAAAGUAUUGAUGAAAUAAAAUGUUUCUAGACCGAAAAGGGGUAUAACUAAGUAGGAAAGACCAGUUUUAAGAGUAGAAGCAAAAGAAGACGCAAGGAAAAUUUAAAUAAAUUUGUGCCUAAGACAAGGUGAUAUAUGUACACUGGAACAGUUGCCAAUAUAUAUUUAUUUUGAUUUAAAAUUCUAUGGCAAUGAAAUGUUUUAUCAGACAAUAAAGGGUGUAACUAAUAGUAUGUGUAGAAAAAGAUUGCAGGGUUUUGUUAUACUCCAGAAUUCAUAGUUUGUUUCGUUUAACUGUCCAUAUAUGCAUCUGCAUUUCUUUCUUUAUAUCCCUUCAUUUAACCAAUAUUAUACUGAUAUUUUACAGAGGAGGUGGUUUUAUUUAUUAAGACAAUGACAAGGGACCACACCAUUUUACAAGUGAUAUUACUGAUUUUGCUUUUAGGCUUUCUACAUGCAAUGAUUUGUUUUUGAUGAAAUGAAUUUUUGCUCCCCAUAUUUUUAAAUUUCUUUAUCUUAAAAUCUUUAAUUGAUAUAAUAAUGUUCCUCCAUUUGCAACCUUGACAUUAAUUUACAUUGGGUUUGAAAAUAAUGAGGAUAUAGGUUCAACUAAAAAUUGAAACCCAGUAUCAUACUGCAAUGCAUGUGAUUGCAUGCUAAGGUAUGGGAUAGGCUUGCUAUAAACAAACAAUAAACACUUGUCAAUGGUUUAAAAAAGCAUGGGGGGCAAGUAACUAUGACCAACAAUUUGACCUUUUAUAAAAAACUAUUACAUUAACAUUGGCAGGUAGCAUAUUAUUAUUUUGGGUUAACCUUAGAGUUAGUAUAAAUAUGCUGCAGCAUUCUGAACAGAAACAAAUGUGAAAUUUAUUGUCUCCAGGUUAUUUUGAAUUAUGAUCUGUAAAUGAAGUUGUGCAUAAUGUACAAUAAUAAAUUGGCAAAUAAUGUACAAUUGUGAAUAUUGUGUUUGUGACCCAAAUUUCUUUAUGUGUAUUAAUAUAGCCCAGAUCUUUUUAUUUCCUGUAAACACGGUGCUGAACAACAAACAUCACAUGAUUCAUCAUGUGAUCAUUAGUGUAGAGAAACCAUUCAUCUAGGAUUGGGGUUUUAUUCAUUAUUAAAUGUUUUCUGGUUUUCAUGUCUCUUCAAAACUUAAUCAAUUGUUUAUUAGAUGUAAAAUAUUGUUAACUGCUUUGUCAAUGGUAAAGCCAGACAGAUUACACUGCAGAACAACCAGUGAUGUGGUACACUGUUAUUCAACCAAGUCUCUUUUUACAAUACUUAUUACCUUCUAUAAACCCUCAUCUAAAUACCGAACUUCAGUUGUAAGAUAAUGGCCAGUAUUAAGUGCAAUAAGAAGUUUCUCUGAAAAGCAACUAAAAAAUUAAUGUUAUUUAUAGAUAUUAUGUGAAUUAGAAGUAAAAAUUAGACAGAUCCAGAUGUAUUUAGGAGUGCAGUUUCAAUGAAAUAAACAAAACUAUAAAAAGUUAAUAAAGAAUUAUCUGAAAUAGUGGGCGCUCUUAUGCAAGACUCUGGAUGUGUUUAACCUGUAGUGAAUGUUUUUUCUUGCCAGAUUAGGUUGUCUCAUAGAUGGUUCCGAUUUCUUUGGGCUUACAGAAAUUGAAAAAACUCAGAACUCUAUUUCUCACAUUUACAAGUAAAUGAUAAAAGUUUUAUUUUGUCAAAUUUGAAGAUAUACAAAGGUUAAUAUUAUUUUGUUUCAUCAAAAAUAAUUAUGAUUUAGUUGAUUUGUUAUUUGAUGAAAAUUUUUAACAAAAACAUAUUUAAGAAUCCACCAAACAAACAUUUUUCACUAGUAAACAAAAAUAUAUAUAGAGAUUAUUUGUUUGGUAUUAUACUUUGUACCUUUGUCUUUCUUAUAUAUUUGUUCAUUAAGCAUGACAUUUAUUCUAUAUCUCUUGCAUAUCUAUAUUUUGUUUAUAUAUUGAUCACUUUUAAUGUUCACACAAUAGAACUGUCUCCACAAAUUGUUAUUAGGUAGGGCAAGUCUUGCAUGAGGAAUCUCUAGGAUAUUUUUGUGAUUUGUUUUAAGUGUGUUUAUCUGAUAAUAACUGAAUCAAAUUUUUUGCAUUGUGUUUAAUAUAUAGAAACUUAUCACAAAUGUUUAAUACAGAUGAAUUUAAUUUCAAAUAUGAUUUGUAUUGGUUGUAUUUCAAAAUGUUAAGUAUUAGAUAACCUUUUCUUAGUGUGUAGGUCUCUUUCCAGAACUUCUUGAAUAAAUUGAUUGUUGUCUUUUAAUUGCACAUUGUGAAGGCAGAGGUCAGAGAUAGUUGAAAAAAAAAGUUAUUUUAUAAAUAAAUAAAAUCUUAGUUAUCUUUCUCAAUCUGACUACAUGAAUGCAUAUCAGUAAUUUUUGCUUUUUUUUUUAUAUAAUUAAUAUUUUUUGUCAAACCAAGCUUAAAAACUGUUUAUUGUGGUAUUAUUCACUUCUUCCUAUUUUGUUUUUAAUGUCUUAAGUUUAGCAAGGAACUAUUUUAAAUAAUUAAAAAUUACAUAUAAAUUACAUAAUAGUACAAAAUUAAAUAAGACAUACAUUGCUGUAGAACAUCUUUCAUGACCUUGAUAUUUGUUUGAAAUCAGUAUUUGUGGAUGUGUAAAGAUUUGUGUAUCUUACCUUAUGGCUAUGAGACCUACAUAUUCUGUUGAUUCACUGCCUUUAAAUACAUGUGUUGUGAAAUAUUGGCCCAGUUACCUUACACAUCUCAUUCUAAAACAAUGGUUUAUCUGUCAUGUUGUUCGUACCUGAAGCUUUAAAUGAUAUCCAAAACAAAUAAAUAAUUAUGGAUUGGUCUAUUGAUGAAAUAGUUAACAAUUUAUGCCCGUCUUUGUUCAAAAUAGUUGUUAAUAUAUUUAUUAUGCUGUAAUGUUGGGUCAUAAGUAAAUAUAUAUUAUAUAUAUUCUAUCAAUAAAACUUUCAAAUCUUA